CGUGAAUUCUAAGACUUACCGCAAAAAAUUGUUUUUGUUGUUCCCUUUCUUUCAGACUCGCUCUUACUCGAGGCUAACUGCCUCCUUUCGCACCAGUGAGUGUGGUGGAAAUAAGAUUAAGAAGGACAAGAGCGGUUACUACUGUUGUUUUGAUGAAUUUUUUUGUUGUUUUAACGUUUUAUGAUGAAUCGAAGAAAAUGACGCAGUUUACAACACAAACGUCUGCUCGUGGCUUGCAUUGCAGCAGGUUUACUUUCCUCCACCUGUCGAUUUUUUUCAUGUCGAUUUUUUUUGGUUUCACCGAAGCAACAGAGGCGCCGAGUAAGAACAUUGGUGUUGGAGGUAACAUUCUUCCGAAUACUGGAGGCGGUUGCGGUGAAAACGAACCCUCGUCGAGUAGUUUUUCUUCUCAAACUACUCCUCCUCCAACUACCUCCCCUCAAACUACCUCUCCUAGUUCUUCUCAAACUACUCCUCAUCCAACUACCUCCCCUCAAACUACCUCUCCUAGUUCUUCUCCUACUACUCAAGGGGGUCGUGAUGUUGUAUUCAGAGAGUCGAGUUUCGGAGCAACCAAGGAGAAGAUCAAGAACCAAGUCGAGGAGUUUCGGAAGCAACAUCGCGAUUUACAGGACGAAGACAGAAAAUUGCAAGCGGAGAGGGAGCUUGAAGAGGAGAAGCUCCGUGAGACUUUGGAUUAUGUCCUCAAGGAGUCUCGAUACUUGAUUCACUUUGAUGUUCUGCUUAUAAGUAUUUUCGUACUUAGUGAGGUUAUAGUUGGUUUAAGCCGUUGCUUCAUGGUUGCAGCUGCUUAGAAGAGUUUCCUAGGAUCCCGAGGACACUGGGAUUAAAGUCCUUUUCUCAAAAUAUUCUGACCACUGAAGAUAUUCAGUUACAGCCUCAUCUAAGUGGUGACCAGAUACAGCCUCAGUUCAGUUACAAAUUGUGUAGCCUCAUCUAAGUGGUGACCAGAUAAUAAAUACUCUCUUACAGUUGUAAAAAUAGAAGAAGUUGUGUAGCCUACGUCUUCUGUGGAUCUUGUCACAUCGAUUCGUCCUGCGUGUAGGUCGUGCCAUAUGCCUAGUACUUUAGGGACCACGCACAGCCAGGCACAGAAUAGAAUCUAAGCUUACAACAUACAAAUGUUCUUGUCGCCUCAUCUAAGCAGUGAACGGUUUAGCCGAGAUCGAAGCGAACCUGGCGUCCGCAGAGUCAAGGCAUCACGCCCAUCUUGCUCGACUAGAAGUGAAACACAAAGCGACCCUCGCCGCGGCAGAGCGGGAAUACGGUAUCGCGGUUGCAGAAGCACGUGGGGAGAGGGACGAAAAUUAUGGAGAUUGAUUUGUUUCUUGUGGGUCCUUGAUAUUGUUUAGUCUCCCAGAUAGUACAUGUAAGACUAUGUGAGACUCAUGCCAUGCCAUAACUAAAAAUGGGUGUGCGUUUUCGUUUAUAGAAGCCUGCUUGUGAAGCCUUAUAGGCGCAUGAGCAGGAUUUUCAUGCCUUGAGUGUCCUUCCUCCUCCUCCUCUCUGUGAACGAAUGUCACCCUAUCAUCUUCUUGUAAACGUCCUGUGGUACUACUAUCAUGUUGACUCGCCAAGUAUUCCUCAUCGUCAUCUUCACCUUCAAGAUCUCUCUAAGACGAAGUAAAAGUUGCCAACGAGGUGAUGCAGGCUCUAUUGGCGGUUGAGGAUCUUUCGCUUCGUGAUAUGUUGCGACCUAGGGCGGAACAAGAGCGUAACUUGACAGUGAAACGGGAAGAAGGCAAAAUUAACGAUGUUCUUGUAGCGGCCACUCUCAGGCGUGCAGAAGCAAGAGAGCAAAGUGGGAUAGAUGUGAGAGGAGAAGAAGAAGAGCUCAAGUCGUUGUUGGUUAUGAACAAGGUUCCUUUGUGAAUUGUGAAUUAGUUGGCUACUUUUGGUUAUACUUAAUACUAGUAUAUGGUUCGGUCAUAUUGCUCUUCUUUUUAGAAGGUACAACUUGACUGAAAGACCUCACAUCCACUUGGCCACGCGGUAAAAGAGGGCACAUGACAUGACAUUGUGCUGGAAAAAUAUCACAUUCACCUGAAUGAUCAUUGUUUAAAAGCCUCCACAAUCAAAUCAUCCACUAUCCACUACGCCCUUUUGCUAGUACUAAGAACUUGCGAACUAUUGAGCAAGUCUGACCUCACCCAGACCUUGUUGUCCAAAUCUGGUUUUCCAACAUAGCUCUUCAAGUGCUGCACUAUUAUCAUCUUUCUUUGGAAAACUUUGACGUAAUCAACACUAAAACUAAUGGUUGUUCCUUAAUCUAUCCAGCAGCUCUAAUCUUCCAAGAGGAAAAUAGUUGUCUUCCAUCGGCUCUAAUCUUCCAAGAGCAAGGGAUCAGGCCCAACGGAAAAAAGAGACUUUGCAAAGUACGUUCGACAAAGACCUUGCAGCCUUAUUUAAGCGCGAGAAAAGUCGUAAAGCGGGCAUUCAAGCAGCAAAACAGGAUUUGCGUACUGAAAUCGAACGCUUUCACGCUGAAACGAGAUUUCACGCUGAAACGAACAGACAACGUCCUCUCCUUGGUCGUGAGGAAUCAGCACCAGCACCAGCACCACCACCAGCUCCACCUACUGCAACAUCUACCAUGUGGUCACCUCCAACAGCAGUACUACGCGAUGAUCCUGUUCCGCGACUGGUGUCUCCCUCCUCCUCGUCGUCCAGCAGCAGUUCUUCUUCACAAGGAUGGCAAAAGUCCAACUACACUGUCAACACUAAAGCUGGAGAUCCACGCAUAUUCAAACCAGUUGGACUUGAACGGUUUAUCGGGCGCGCAGAUACAGAAGUUGCUCCUCGAGAAAAGGUUGCGCACGAGAAAAGGCUGCGACGCGUCGUCGGGGAAGAUCAAAAUACUACAGCCGCUACAACCAAUUCACCACUGAUUCAGGAGGUGGACGACCCAGAAGACCACAAUCUUAGGGACAACAUGGGAGCCGACAAAAUGGGAGAAGAUCAUGAAGAGGGGCCUCCCGCUCGUAAGAGGAGAAAAUUUCUUAGAUGUGCUGGAGGUGACGAGGACUCUGGCGUCGAGACGGAAGAUGAACCCAGCAUCGAGGAAAUGAUUAUGGAAGAGAGGCCAAAGGAAGAUGAAUCUUUGAAGUUUCUCUACUUCUUAUAAGUGUCGACACAGCUUUUACUCUAUCUGGAAAUACUGACUUUGAAACGUCCUCGUCAAAAUUAGAAGAACUCACAGAAGAUUCACUGUAAGGGAUGGCGACAUCCACUCUAGUGAAAAUGUGACGCACUCGUUUGGAAUGAAAUCAAGCCUGACUAUAAAAGCGAAAGCCGCUCACUAAUGCAUUAAUGAUGUAGAUUUAGAUUUCUUGAUAUCACAAUUCUAGUAGUUUCGUGGUCCGUGUCAGAGCACCAGCACCUGGAAAUAUGAUGAUAGCAUCAAAAAACCUUGCAUUUUCGUUUGUGAUCGAACAAAGGGCAUUUCCUACUCCUCUUUGCGGUUGCAACUUAUACUUGUGAAUUAUAUCUUUUUCUGGUGUGAUGUCACGUUUGACAUCACCUGACAGACUUUGAUUCACGGUGCUGUGGAGAUCAGAAAAGAUCUGCCAAAGCCAAUACAGCAUCCGCUAGGACGCAAUGGAGCAAAUGACUAAAAACAGCGUAUGCACAUGCAGCAUGUGCCUUCUCUUCUGAGGGCGCAGAGCAUCGCAUAGUCUAGGUGCUAGUCCGUUUGCUAGUGAUAGACUUUGUGGAAUAGAAUCAGGUUGACGCGAU